UCGAAGGCUGGUCUGUGCUCAGUGUUCUCGUGGUGAUGCAAGUCGGCUCUCUCCUCCAGCCGUUGGGUCCCUCCCAUCACACAGCACCUCACAGGUCUCUUCCCCGAGCAGUGCAUUGCUGGAACGAAGAGCAGCUCACGAAUCAGCUGCAGGUCCCCGUUUUGAAAAGCAGAGAUACAGAGAGGCAAAGGAAAAGGGUGGACUCCUGUGACCUGGUCUCAGAGCAAGACAAUCACCAGCUGAAUUCCAGAAGCCCUGUUCAUGUUUGAGGAUAUUUUUUCGACUGCAUGGAAUCAGAGAGAAGCCAAAGGAUGGGAAAUGCCUGCAUCCCCCUGAAAAGAAUUGCUUAUUUCCUAUGUCUCUUAUCUGCGCUUUUGCUGACUGAGGGGAAGAAACCAGCGAAGCCAAAAUGCCCUGCCGUGUGUACUUGUACCAAAGAUAAUGCUUUAUGUGAGAAUGCCAGAUCCAUUCCACGCACCGUUCCUCCUGAUGUUAUCUCAUUAUCCUUUGUGAGAUCUGGUUUUACUGAAAUCUCAGAAGGGAGUUUUUUAUUCACACCAUCGCUGCAGCUCUUAUUAUUCACAUCGAACUCCUUUGAUGUGAUCAGUGAUGAUGCUUUUAUUGGUCUGCCACAUCUAGAGUAUUUAUUCAUAGAAAACAACAACAUCAAGUCCAUUUCAAGACAUACUUUCCGGGGACUAAAGUCUUUAAUUCACCUGAGCCUUGCAAACAACAAUCUCCAGACACUCCCAAAAGAUAUUUUCAAAGGCCUGGAUUCUUUAACGAAUGUGGACCUGAGAGGGAAUUCAUUUAAUUGUGACUGUAAACUGAAGUGGCUGGUGGAAUGGCUAGGCCACACUAAUGCUACUGUUGAAGACAUCUACUGCGAAGGCCCCCCAGAACACAAGAAACGCAAAAUCAAUAGUCUCUCCCCUAAGGAUUUUGAUUGCAUCAUUACAGAAUUUGCAAAGUCUCAAGACCUGCCUUAUCAAUCACUGUCUAUAGAUACUUUUUCUUAUAUGAAUGAUGAGUAUGUAGUCAUUGCUCAACCUUUUACUGGAAAGUGCAUUUUCCUCGAAUGGGACCAUGUAGAAAAGACCUUCCGGAAUUAUGACAACAUUACGGGCACGUCCACUGUAGUGUGCAAGCCUAUAGUCAUUGAAACUCAGCUCUAUGUUAUUGUGGCCCAGCUGUUUGGCGGCUCUCACAUCUAUAAGCGAGACAGUUUUGCAAAUAAAUUUAUAAAAAUCCAGGAUAUUGAAAUUCUCAAAAUCCGAAAACCCAAUGACAUUGAAACAUUCAAGAUUGAAAACAACUGGUACUUUGUUGUUGCUGACAGUUCAAAAGCUGGUUUUACUACCAUUUAUAAAUGGAAUGGAAAUGGAUUCUACUCCCAUCAAUCCUUACAUGCGUGGUACAGGGACACUGAUGUGGAAUAUCUAGAAAUAGCCAGAACACCUCAGACACUCAGAACGCCUCAUUUAAUCCUGUCUAGUAGUUCCCAGCGUCCUGUAAUUUAUCAGUGGAACAAAGCAACACAAUUAUUCACUAACCAAACUGACAUCCCUAACAUGGAGGAUGUAUAUGCUGUUAAGCACUUCUCAGUGAAAGGUGACGUGUACAUUUGCUUGACAAGAUUCAUUGGUGAUUCCAAAGUAAUGAAAUGGGGAGGAUCCUCAUUUCAGGAUAUUCAGAGGAUGCCAUCACGAGGAUCCAUGGUGUUCCAGCCUCUUCAGAUAAAUAACUAUCAAUAUGCAAUUCUUGGAAGUGAUUAUUCUUUUACUCAAGUAUAUAACUGGGAUGCAGAAAAAGCCAAAUUUGUGAAAUUUCAGGAAUUAAAUGUUCAGGCACCGAGAUCAUUCACGCAUGUGUCCAUUAAUAAGCGUAAUUUUCUUUUUGCUUCCAGUUUUAAGGGAAAUACACAGAUUUACAAACAUGUCAUAGUUGACUUAAGCGCAUGACACACCAAAUUCUGUGGCUGCCAUCAGAAACUUUCUACAGUACAUGAUCCGGAUGAACUCAAUGCAUGAUGACUCUUCUUAUCACACUUGCAAAUGAAUGCCUUUCAAACAUUGAGACUGCUAGAACCAAGCACUACCAGUAUCUCCAUCCUUAACUGUCCAGUCCAGUGGUGUGGGAAGUUACCUUUUAUAAGACAAAAUUGAAUUGUGUAACUGUUCUUUGCAGUGAAGAUGUGUAAAUAAGUGUUUAAUGGUAUCUGUUACUCCAAAAAGAAAUAUUAAUAUGUACUUUUCCAUUUAUUUAUUCAUGUGUUCCGAAACAACUGCCA